AGAGUGGUGAUGUUGUCGUCUCUUUCUCGCCAUUGCUCCAUCUCUAAUAGGAAAAAACACAAUUGCUGCUAUUAAAUGCCUGUUCUCGUUCUCUCCCCCUCCCUCUCAGGCAAAUAAGACGAAAUACGAUCUCUGCUACCCCUGCUACUAAUCUCUCUCUCUCUGUCUCUCUCUCUCAUUCUCGCUGUGCCUCUCCUGUGUUUGGGGCUGAUCUGUUCAGAGGGGAGCCAUGUUGGAGGAGAUUUUACCCCAGAUGCUCUCACCCUUGACCCCUCUGGGGGUGGUGCUGGUGCUGUUUUUGCUCUACCUGCUCUCCUCCACCCCUGGGCCUGGAAAAAGCCCACCGGGACCCAGACCCCUGCCUCUCCUCGGGAACCUGCUCCACCUGGACUUGAAACAGCUUCAUGUGUCUCUCUGUGAGCUGUCUAAGAAAUAUGGAUCUGUGUUCACUGUACACUUUGGUCCAAAGAAGGUGGUCAUUUUGACAGGCUACAAGACAGUGAAACAGGCGCUGGUCAACUACGCCGAACAGUUUGGAGACCGAGAAAUUCCUCCCAUGCUCAGAGAUGCUUUUCAAGGACACGGUGUUCUGUUUGCCAACGGAAACUCCUGGAAGGAGAUGAGACGCUUCUCCCUCUCUACCCUGCGAGACUUCGGAAUGGGCAAGAGGGGGAGCGAGGAGAAGAUCAUUGAGGAAUCACGGCACCUCAUCGAGGUGUUUGAGAAUUUUAUGGGUGAACCUUUCAACACCACUCAGGCAGUGAAUUGCUCCGCCUCCAACAUAAUCAGCUCUAUCAUGUAUGGCAGUUGCUUUGACUACGCUGACCCCAGCUUCCAAAAAAUGGUUGACAGCAACAAUGAAAAUAUCCAGCUGUAUGGUUCAGCGGAAAUACUGCUGUACAACACGUUCCCCUGGCUGCGCUGGUUUUGUGGCCGGUGGCUGGUGAAUCGGACCCAGAUUUUGAAGAACGACCAAUGCAACAUUGAGGAGAUCAAGGGUCUGGUGCAGGGACUGAAGGACACACUCAACCCCCAGGACCUCAGGGGAUUUGUGGACUCCUUCCUAGUUCAGCAGCAGAAGGAGUCAGACCAGCCAGAUUCCUACUUCCACAACGACAACUUGAACUUUACUGUCUACAACCUGUUUGCAGCAGGGACAGAUACCACUGGAACCACCCUGAGAUGGGGCCUGCUGUUGAUGGCCAAGUACCCCCACAUACAAGACCAGGUUCAGGAAGAGCUGAGUCGGGUCAUUGGGGACCGGGAACCCCGGGUGGAGGACCGGAGGAACCUGCCCUACACAGACGCUGUGAUCCACGAGAUCCAGAGAGUGGCUAACAUUGUACCCAUGAGCCUUUUCCACACCACCAGCUGUGAUGUCACCUUCCAGGGAUACGUCAUCAAGAAGGGAACUACGGUGAUCCCACUCCUGGCGUCAGUGCUGCAGGAUGAGGAAGAGUGGGAGACCCCCCACAGCUUCAACCCUGGCCACUUCCUGGAUGAGAAGGGCUGCUUCAUCAAGAGAGAUGCCUUCAUGCCCUUCUCUGCAGGGCGACGGGCCUGUCUGGGAGAGAGCCUGGCCAGGAUGGAGCUCUUCCUCUUCUUCACCUUCCUCCUGCAGAGGUUCUGCUUCACACCACCACCGGGCAUGUCAGAGGAUGAGCUGGACCUGACACCGUCUGUGGGGGCCACCCUCAACCCUUCUCCCCACCAGCUGUGUGCUGUGAGCCGGGCCUAAACCCCACUCCAGCUGUGUGCUGUGAGCCGGGCCUAAACCCCACUCCAGCUAUGUGCUGUGAGCUGGGCCUAAACCCCUCUCCAGCUGAUGGGUGUGAAUCUCACCUUUUCUGUUCUUCGCCAAACCUUUCUUGGUCAUGAGUUACAACAAAUGUUUGUAAGUCUCUCUGGAUAUUUGUGUCUGCUGGAUAUAUGUUACUAAAUAUACACUCAGUGAGCACCUGUGUGUGUAUGAAGUUCAUGCCAUUUGACAUUGAAUUGAAUUUUGGCAUUGAAUUCUGUUAUUUUACUGCAUUUUAAUCAGGUUUAAUUCCAUUCGUUAAAUGUCAAAUCAUGCAGAUUUUCAGAGAUUUAAAGCGAAUGGUGAAAACUGUUUAUAAACUUAAGCAAAUAAAUGUUGAAAAAGCCAAAUGUCUGUAUUGACUGAUCUCGGGCAACUCAGUUUUCAGGCGUGAUCACAUGAGCUGAAGUACAAAAGUCAAAGCAGGUAAUAAACAAGGAAGAUAUAUCUCAUUAAAAAUACAAUGAAGUUAAUUUAGGCAUAAGUUGAUUCCCCAAAAUGGGGUGUUAGAAGUGUGCCACCAUCCUAAACUUUGCAUAGGUUGAAGAUUGA